AUGGAGAAAGCCCACCAAUGGGAAUAUGUCAGGAGCAAAUCCAAAGGCGGUCGUUCUAUCGGCCAGCGGAGCCCAGCGGAGCCAGAGACCCCAGCCGAUGAGCAUUACACCCCUUCAGUUGCCUCUGCCUCGCUUCAACCCCCACCGGGGCCACGGCCGGGGAUGGAUUUCAUCCUCUUUGACAGCGAUCAAGCCGAUGCCUUAGGCGAGGACGAUGAUGCUCUUUAUUCUGAGUCCUAUCUGCCAUGGACGUCGCCCAUGACUCGGUUGCGGAAGAAUGAGACUUUCAUCGAGAUGUUCACGCAGACCUACAAUGGGACUGCUGACAAGGCUGCAAUUGUCGACGACAUCUUGGUGGAUCCGAUGCUCUCAGCUCAACUGUCUCACGACAUGCAGACCCAGCAAGCUAUUGAUGCCCCUGGUCUGUUUGUCAACGACCCAGCAAUAAAGGUCGAAUCGCCCACCCUCACGGCAGAUGAAUUCCUCGGGACCGAGCAUUUCGUUUCGAAGAAACGGAAGCAUGACUUUGUUGAGGUUACCUCAGCGGACGUCAAGCCGACUUCCAUCCCGUCAUCUGGCGGGCAAUUGGCAGGAAAAAAGCAAUCGGGCACAGGCCGAGGAUCACGGAAACAAUUCAGAGAGAAUCCCAAUCGACGAGACGACAAUGGUGAAGGAAGCCGGCAUCCAAAGAAGCCUAGGAUAAGCCCUCGCGAAGACUUCAGCGAUACGAGCAUGCCUGACAUCUUUCGAUUCGCUCAUCCCCAUAUUUAUGACAGGGACCAGAAGGAGAAAUAUUCGCCGUGUCAUACCCUGCACAGAGAUAUCUCGACACUGGUUCGGCACCUGAGCAGGCCAGCACAUCGCUUCACAGUUACAGAACGAUUCAUAUCGUCGUUUGAUGUUACGGACCACGAUUUCAGGCACCUAAGAGCCGGUCUUUGCCGCUGGUGCUGGCGCUCUUUCUUCGAUCGCUCCUUAUUCGACAAUCACAUAUCCAACGCUUGUGAAAAGGUAUCGAAAGGAAAACGAGAGAAAUGGCGUGCACUUCUCGAGACCUUUACCCCAUUAGCGGAUUCCGAAGAUUCCAGACUUCACUCAGGCGGACACGGCGACGAGUAUCAAUGGAAACAGCUGCCUAGCUCCACGGAAGAUCUCCCUGUCUCGGACGGCGAUGACAACUGUAUGGAUCUAUGCAGGACACCGCCCACUUCAGUUCCAUCCCCCGCUCUUCCUGUUGCGGGCUUGCCCGCCUCGAAUCCGAAGGAAGGGCUCUUCGUGCCUGCAGAUGAACAUAUGAAGCUUCAGAAGGAGCACCAGGACCUUCGCGAAAGCCACCAGCAGCUCAAGCAAAUGACCCAGGUCCUUCUUGUGCCGUAUCUUUUCCAACAGGCUGUGGGGCAGACCUCCAACACCAUGCCGAAAUCACAGACGUCAGCGCCUGAAGCAUCCAAGGAUACCACUGUCACCUCAGACCCGGAAGACAUCAAACCUAAUGCCUCGUACCGAGACAACCUCGUCCAACAUAUGGACUCGCAAUCCACUGACGUCGAUGUAUAUGCCCUGAUGGAGGAAAUGGAAACUGCCCGACAAUCUUUAUCAAGGAUGAACUCGGGAUUCAGCACAGUGUCCCGUGUAUCGACCAUCCACCACGUCCCGAACAGUCCGCCUCCUAGGCCCGCUGAGCUUCCAGACCUUCCAAGCAGCGGUUGCCAGGAACAACAACGACAGGGCAAACACUCUCUCACACACCGUCCCCCGCCAGAGUCAAUUCCCGACUCGGGCUAUGGCACCGAACCCCGGCGCGGAAGUCUCGACCAUGUAAUAUACGUCGCCGAAGGAAGACGGAAAGAUGGGAACGAGCUUUCCACCCCACCACCAACCCUUGAUAGGCCCACGGACGGUUACAACAAAACACUCCCCGGCAUUGAGGACGACGGCGUCGUAGGACCGGCACACUGGGCAGAGGGCGAACGCACGCCGAAAGGAAGGAUGGCGCUAUCCACGCCCUCACAACAUAGCCAGAUGGCUGACACAUCGCUCUUUGAGGACGCUGCAUAUGGCAUUUUCGGUGCGGAGCAGGAGGAUUCUAUCAUGCCACCUCGCUCGCCGGAGUACGUGUUCAACUUUUAA